GCGCUGCAGCAGCUCAGAGGAGAUGAAGGGCCGGCUUUGGAGGGGUCGCUGAUCCCCGCCUUACAACGCGCGGUCUCCAGCGGACAGACGGUGGCCGCAAAGCCCCGACAGCAGCCUGAGUCGCAGUUUGGGGCGGCAGGUGAAAUGGACCCCCCUGGCUACUUGGAGGAAGACUUCUCCAGUCUGGAUGGGCUGGAUGAUGAUGUGUUCCAUUCUGAGGACUGUGGACUUGCCAGUCAGCCCAGUGAGAUGACUUUUCCUGGCAUUUUCACUCAAAGCAAGUCAUACAACUGCCUGUUGGGCAGAUUCCAGCUCUUCCCACUUACACACUGUUGUGGUCCGGGCACCAGGCCAGCAAAGCUGCAAGACAAGGCAACUCAAACACUCAGCCCAUCCUCUUCCAGCCAGGAUGUCAUGUUACCUUGUGGGGUCACUGAAGAGCCCCAGAGACUCUUUUAUGGGAAUGCUGGGUACCGUUUACAUGUCAACCCAAUUGGUUUCUCAUUGAAUCCACACCUCCAGGAGGAACCUCAGGAAAGUCCACAGGAACUGCGUACUGAAGUCCAGAUUGCACGGAAGUUACAGUGCAUUGCAGACCAGUUCCACAGGCUUCACCUACAGAGGCACCAGCAGAACAGAAAUCAGGUCUGGUGGCAGAUCCUUCUCUUCCUCCAUAACAUGGCCCUGAACGUGGAGGCAAACAGACACCGUGCAGGUCGGAGGUGAGACCUGCCCUGCCUCUUCCAGGCUCUAUCUCGUCUGCUGGGAGCACUGAACGAUCCGUGGGCAGAAAUGUGCAUGCCACAGGACAGACGUUUGAUUCCUGUGAAACUGAGGACACUGGUUGUUGUACAAAAGACUUGGUUUAAAAGGACUUGCUUUCUCUCUUCAUGGCUCCCGGUCUUCUGAGGUGGGGAGCUUUGGUCCAACACUGUUGAAGAACAAUCCUCCAGUAAGUGUUGCUUGCAAUCAAGAUGUAAGUCAGCAAACAUGGGGCUGAUAUAGGGAGACUUUGGUUUUAGCUGGUGAUGGGUCCGCAGGAUUUUGUAACAUUGGCUGCUGGUAAUGUUCUAGAGCUGAUGAAUUGAAAUUAAUUUUGGGGGAACUUCCAAAUGAGACACUCUUGUUUCCUGAUGGGAAAACUUUGAAGAAAAACUGUACAAGCAGAUAUUUACAACCGGGCAAGCAGUAUUGAAUCCUUACAUGGUAUUACAUGACACUGGUGUAAAAAUGGGGCAAGCUUGCAUAGUGGUGUACAAAAAGGCCAUGCUAAACCUGGUUUCCCCUGCCCCGUUUUUAAAAACACACACAGCCAAAACAGAUUGUGGGGGGAGGGGAAUUGAAAUAUAUAUGCAGUACUUUUUUUUUUUAUCAAACAUAAACUUACUUUACUACUUUAAGGCUGCAAUUUCUAUGGUCCCUGUGAGGAAUCCCAAGGGCCAUAGGAUGUUUCAGGUCCACCCUCCAAGGGCAAAGAGAGAUGUCCACCCUCAGAGAGGGAGAACUGACCUCGCAAGCCUUCUCCACGAGGCUGCAGGAAGGUCCACAGGUGAUGCUACUCCAACUUUGGAGAGCAUGAAAAGGAGGCGUUCCUGGUCGUCUCCUGGGUGUGCUGGGAGACAUUAUGGAUCCGCAAGAUCCAAAGUGCCCCCCCCCAUCUCCCCAACAUGCUCCUGGAACUAAUGGGAGGGGAAAGUAAGAAGAAACUAAAAAAGAAAGAAGAAAGGAAAUGGCUGAAAAUGACUACAUAAAAGGGAAAUUGCCAUGCCCACUUCACUUUCUGCCAUGUUCAUUUCAAAAGGCGGCUUCUUCGCCUCUGUUCCUCCCUCUCCCUCCCUCAUAGAACAGCUCUGCCUGAACAUGAAAUGUAUUAUUUUUAACCUAGCAGAUACAACUGUACUGUUGUGGUAUAUUUAUGAAACGUUAAAAGUAUAAGUGCCUUAAUUGUAUUCAAACCAUCAUUACAAACAUAUCCAGUGUAAGAGAUGGAGUGGCAAGCUACUGCCCCAAAGGUGCCUAUUUUUGCCACUCAUGGGUAGGUGGAAAGAAUAAAAUAACUGUUUUAUUGGUGGAAUAUAGAAACCAUAAACACUGCGGAAAAGAAGAGGAAAGUUUUACUAUCUGGACUUAGAUCCAAAGAACUAUGCAUCUAAUUCUGCCCCUGUGAGGAGAUUUUGGGCUUGUGGAAUAUUCAACCUUGAGAAGAAAGCGGAGCUGGAAAGUCUCUUGUACAAAGCAGCAGGAGUGAUAUGCCUGGCAGACUCCCAGAUGGCAUUUCUGAACCAAAAUACCUGAUGACAUUCCAUAUUCUGCAAUGUUCAGCCGUAUUUUCCCAACAUCUAAGAGCGUUCCUUGUUUAGUAAUCCAGCCCAAAGUAGUACCAAUGAUAUCACCACCAAUAUUACUACCUUUUAUAUCUUGGAUAAUA